CUGGCACUCGGCCGGUAGUACGGGGGGGGGGACCAUCCCGCUUUUCUCGCAUUCUCAAGUCUCCAGCCUUGCAGCUCGAAGACACCAGCCGCGACAAGACACCACCGACAUUGUUAUUGUCAACCACAGCCGCAACGAUGGCGGCCCCUACUGAUCAGUUUUACCUCCGAUACUACUCUGGCCAUUCUGGACGGUUCGGACACGAGUUCCUGGAAUUCGACUUCCGCGUUCUCGGCGAUGGAAGAAGCGCAGUUGCGCGUUACGCGAACAACUCCAACUACCGAAACGACAGCCUGAUUCGCAAAGAGAUGUGCGUCAGCGCUCUUAUCAUUGACGAGAUCAAGCGCAUCAUCAAGACAAGCGAGAUCAUGAAGGAAGACGACUCCAAGUGGCCACAAAAGAACAAAGACGGACGCCAAGAACUCGAGAUUCGGCUGGGCAACGACCACAUUUCUUUCGAGACCGCUAAGAUUGGGUCACUGGUCGACGUGACCGAGUCGGCCGACCCCGAAGGACUGCGAGUGUUCUACUAUCUAGUGCAGGAUCUGAAGGCUCUGGUUUUCAGCCUGAUUGCCCUGCACUUCAAGAUCAAGCCCAUCUAAACGGGACGAUGUUGAUGGCGGCGACAACGAGGAAAUUGGAGAUACCCGGGACAACUGGCCAGCGGUUCCCACGUGAGGGGGGCUACGAGACAACCAUGACGAAAGACCGCAUGUGACCUGCGGCGCAACAAUUUUCCUCUCUUUCUAGAAGAUGAGAAAAACACGCAUGUUGGACGCAUGGAGGUGAGGGUUCUUGGACCCUUCCAGCUCAGACGAUGAGCUGGCGAACGGACGGACGGGCAGGCGGACAAUUCAGGAGUCCUGCCCGUCGUCCCAUAUUUUGAGGUAGACUUGACGAGACUGCAUGACCUGCGGUCAUGUGUCCCCUGGAAAAAAAAUUUACGAGAUAUGUUUUUCGCCU